AUGUCUUUGUUCGGCACCUCCCCGGACGAACCCUCUGCGGCCGACUCCGCCCGGAGAUCCAAGUCCUCCCUCUUCGCCGACGACCCAGGCACCGGUGGCUCCUCGUCCCUCUUCGCCGACGAUGACGGCGACGACAGCUCCCCCUCGGCAUGGAAUCCGACGAAUAAUACUGCCAAACGAACCGCGCGGCGUGACCUCGUCCGAAACCUACUGCCUGCGACCGAUGUGCCGGAGAGCUACGUUGAUGCUUACGAUCUGGUACUGAACAACGGGGACAGGGUCGGCCCGGGCGUCGGAUUGACCUCCAUCCGCGAAAUCCUGUCUAGCAGUGGGCUCACUGCAUCUGAUCAAGGGAAAAUCCUCAACCUGGUGAUAUCGGGUGACCAUGAGAGCUUCAAUGGGCUAGGGCGCAAUGAGUUCAAUGUCUUGUUGGCGCUGGUGGGCCUAGCGCAGGAAGGCGAAGAUCUGUCCUUUGACGCGGUGGAUGAUCGUCGCAAAAAACUGCCUCAGCCGAAAAGUGGCUAUUUUGAUCGGCUGCGAACGAACCGCGAGCCUCCCUCUAAGCCCGAGCAAGAACGCCCAGUUACUCCGCCGACCUCUACUACAGUGCCUCAAGAGCCAGGCUCGACACGAUCGCAACGGUUAAAACGGAAUUCACUUGGCGGGCUAGAGGAUCCGUGGGGGAGCCCCGAGCUGCAUCAGGGCCACAAUCAUGAGACCCCCGGCCCCCGCGGGUUGAAUGGUUACUCAAGCGUGCGAUCUACAACGAACGCUUGGUCGAGAGGGCAGACCGAAGAAGGUGGACAUGAUGAAGUACCGCGCGAACAUGCCAACGGCCAGACCGAUCCGGUCCCGCCCACCUCCGGAGGCGGGUGGGGAGGCAGUUUUGGCGCCGCACCCCCAGGUGACGGUGGAUUUGGCGGCGCAGAGCGCGCGGCACUGGGAGGGUUUGGCCCUCCAGGUGAUGACCCGGGCGACAUCGUGCCUCGACGACGGUCAUUUGGGAUUGGCCGUUCUGCUAAUCUGCAAGUUGCAGAGACCAUCACCGUCACUCUCCUUCCGGAGAAGGAGGGCAUGUUUAUGUUCCAGCAUCGCAACUACGAGGUCAAGUCGGCGCGGCGAGGCAGUACGGUAGUCCGGCGAUACAGCGAUUUCGUGUGGCUGUUGGACUGUCUGCAAAAGCGCUUUCCCUUCCGACAAUUGCCGCUUCUCCCACCGAAGCGUGUGUCAGUUAACGGUACUCACCUUUCAGCGGAUUCCAAUUCCUUUCUCGAGAAGCGUCGACGGGGACUUGUGCGGUUCACCAAUGCCCUCGUUCGUCAUCCCGUGCUCGGCCAGGAGCAGUUGGUGGUCAUGUUCUUGACCGUUCCCACGGAGCUUUCUAUAUGGCGUAAGCAGGCCACCAUUUCUGUCCAGGAUGAAUUUGUCGGUCGUUCUCUGCCUUCAGAUCUAGAAGACUCGCUGCCGGUGACUCUCACCGACACAUUUGAGACCGUGCGCAGCGGCGUGAAGCGGUCUGCUGAGAUUUAUAUUAACCUGUGCACCUUGCUUGAGCGACUGUCCAAGCGCAAUGACGGCUUGGCUGCCGACCACCUGCGGUUCUCGCUUGCCUUGCAGUCCCUCACCGAAGUCACCAAGGAUACUUACGCAGUCGACUCCAAUGAUAUCCCGGCCCUCAACGAGGGCAUCACGGCAACCGCGCGACAUCUCUCCACCAGUCAGAGCUUGUUGGAGGACGAAGCUCGGGCCUGGUCGGACGGGGUGCUGGAGGACCUGAAGCUGCAGCGAGACUGCCUGGUCAGCGUACGCGAAAUGUUUGAUCGGAGAGACCGCUUCGCCCACAACAACAUCCCCCAGCUGGAGAAGCGCAUUGAAACCAACGAACGUAAACUGCAGGACCUUCGCACGCGUCCAGCGGGGGUCGCCAAGCCAGGGGAGAUUGAAAAGGUGGAGGAUGCCAUCUUCAAGGACAAAGAAUCGAUUGUGGAACAACAUGCGCGGGGGGUGUUUAUCAAGGAAUGCAUUCGUGACGAGCUCGUCCAUUUCCAACAGAGCCAGUACCACAUCAGCCGCUUACACCAGGAUUGGAGCCAGGAGCGCGUCAAGUACUCCGAGUUGCAGGCGGACAAUUGGCGCAGACUGAGUGACGAGAUCGAGGGGAUGCCGGUUGGCGAAUAG